AUGCAAUUUGUAAGUGAAACAAAUCUAGUUAGUUCAAUGCAAGGUUCUACAUCGAAUCCAAUAGGUGUUGGUGAUGAUAAUCAACCCUCACAAGAUGCACAUGAAGGCAUUAACCUCAAUGACGAGGAGAUCCAUCCUAAUGGUCAAAAUACUAGUGAAGAUUUUGGUUCUGUGGACGAGUUGGAAUUAAAGCCUAAGCGACAAAGGACCUCCUCAGUAUGGGGAGAAUUUGUUGAUGUGACUCUUCCUGAUGGCAAGGUAAAAGUUGAAUGUAUUCAUUACAAGAAGCGGUUGGCUAAAGUUGGAUCAGGCAUUACAUCAACAUAUAAACGACACUUGGUAAGUUGUGCAAAACGUAAAGCUUACCAAAAAUCUCAACAAAUGCUUAAUUUUCAGCCGAUUGAUGUGGAUAUGGGAUAUGAUAAGCCUCCUCCCUUAAUCGGAGCUGAUACAAAGUAUGAUCCUAAUAAGAUGAGAGAAUCAAUUGCUAACUGGAUAAUGGGUACCGAGCAACCAUUUUCAGUGGUGGAGAAUGACUUAUUUGUUUACAUGAUGAAAAAGGCUAAUCUGUUGUUUCAAAAGACAUGUAGGGCUACAAUAAAGGAAGAUUGUUUGAAGGUCUAUAAGCAUGAAAUGAAAAAACUAAAAGAUCUAACAAGUGUUGCUUCAAAAAUUAGUUUGACCACUGAUUGUUGGAAGUCUUCUCAUCAGAAGAGUAUAUGGUCAUCACUGGGCACUUCAUUGAUCAGAACUGGAGCCUUUUUGAAUUGUAAGUCUUUUGUUCUCAAAUUGCAGAAGCGAGUGCUAAGUUUUGUUCAUGUACCUCCUCCUCGUACCGGGCUUAAUAUUGCAGAUGGAAUUUACAAGUGCUUGAAGGAAUGGGAAAUUGAGGGAAAGAUCUUCUCUAUCUCUGUGGAUAAUGCUUCAUACAAUGACAGGGCAGUUAAUACGUUGAAAAACAACUUUAAUAGAGUGAAGAAACUUCCAUGUGGUGGUAGACUAUUCCAUGUAAGGUGUUGUGCACAUAUCCUAAAUCUUUUGGUCAAAGAUGGCCUUUCAAAUAUUGAUUUUGUCAUUGAAGAAGUCCGUGAAGCUGUGAAAUAUAUUAAUUCUUCUGAGGCAAGAUGUCAAACAUUUUCAAAUGUUGCACACCAACUUCAAGUACAUGAUAGAAAAUUAUUGCUUGAUGUCCCUACCAGGUGGAACUCCACCUAUGACAUGCUGUCCAUAGCUCUCAAGUUUAAAGAUGUUUUUCCAAGAUAUGCAGAAUAUGAGCCUCAUUUCCAUCAUUUGCCCAAUGAGGAUGAGUGGAAAAAUGUGGAGAAUGUGUGUGAAAUAUUAAAGACUUUUAAGGUGUGCACAAAUGUUAUCUCAGGGAGUGACUAUCCUACAUCAAAUUUGUAUCUUAUUGAGGUUUACAAAGUGAAAGAAACAUUGGAUAGAGUUUCACAAUUUAAAGAUGAUUUUAUUCGUAAAAUGGCAAUUAAGAUGAAAGAAAAGUUCGACAAGUAUUGGGGGGAGUGUCACCUACUUAUGGCCAUUGCUUCUGUGUUAGAUCCUAGGUUCAAGAUGAAGCUGGUUCAGUUUAGCUAUCCAAAGUUAUAUCCACCAAAUGAAGCUACCAAGAACAUUAAAGAAGUGGAGAAGCCCGAAAUCUCAGUUAAGGAAGCUUCAACUUCCUCCGGUGGAUCUUCUGGAAGGAGCAAUGCAUCAAUGCCUAAUGAAGGCACGCCACUUGAAUCAGGUUAG